AACAAAAAAAACCCCUUCAUCAACCUUUGUCUUUUUGCUGAUAAAAUGGACACCGCCUGGCAGGAACAGAAUCACGGUGGCGGCGGAUUUCAGCUGCCGGAGAGUCCAAGGAAGCCGAUGGAGUUUUUGUCGAGAUCAUGGAGCGCUGCCGCUCUUCAGGUCUCAAAAACUCUACAUUCUCCGCUAUCUCCAUUGGUUCCUAAAUCUGGACUUCCUAAUGAUACCGGAGCAAACUCUGUUGUCGCGGCGGAUAACAACCGUUUCUCAGCUGCUGAGGCGGCGGAGGAUUCGGCCGCGGCGGCGUUACUUUCUGGAAAUACGUUCUCGUUUGCGUCCUCCGCCACAUCGCAGUUAGUGCUUGAACGGAUAAUGUCUCAGUCCGAUAUAUCGCCGUUAGCAUCAGGGAGGCUGUCACACAGCAGUGGACCAUUAAAUGCACUCACGGAGGAAACAGACAGUCCUCCGAUCUCACCUUCCGAUGAUUACGACGAUGUCGUCAAGUAUCUUCGAGCAAACAACACACUACAACCCCUGUUCGCCAAUGCACGCGGUGGUUAUGGCGCCGGUGGCAGCAGCACCCCUGCCGGAAAAACAGUUGGAAGGUGGUUAAAGGAGAGGAGAGAGAAGAAAAAGGAGGAGACCAGAGCCCACAAUGCCCAACUCCAUGCGGCGGUCUCCGUUGCUGGCGUAGCGGCAGCUGUGGCCACCAUAGCAGCUGCCACCGCAGCAGCGUCAGCAUCCAGGAAAGAUGAACAAAUGGCCAAAACAGACAUGGCUGUGGCCUCCGCUGCCACCUUGGUCGCCGCCCAAUGUGUGGAGGCCGCAGAGGCCAUGGGAGCCGAACGUGAACACCUUAUCGCUGCGGUCAAUUCUGCUGUUAACGUCAAAUCCCAUGGAGAUAUAUUAACUCUCACUGCCGCUGCUGCCACAGCUUUACGUGGAGCGGCGACUUUGAAGGCAAGGGCAUUGAAGGAGGUAUGGAAUAUAGCAGCAGUUAUACCAGUUGAUAGAGGAGUUAAAGAAAACAAAAACCAUGGAAAGAGUAGUAGUUACUGCGAAGAGCUUCUUCCCGAAGAGAACUUUCUCGGCAUAUGUAACCAAGAACUUCUUGCUCGAGGUAGCGAGCUUCUCAAACGCACCCGUAACGGCGAUCUCCACUGGAAAAUCGUAUCCGUUUACAUCCAUCGAACGGGUCAAGUAAUGCUCAAGAUGAAAAGCAAACACGUUGGAUCUACGAUCACAAAAAAGAAGAAGAACGUGGUUUUGGAAGUUUGCAAAAACCUUCCGGCAUGGCCCGGGAGGCACCUAUUUGAAGGCGGUGAGCAACGGCGGUACUUCGGGCUGAGGACCACCAUCCGUGGAGUGGUGGAGUUCGAGUGCAGGAACCAACGAGAAUACGACAUGUGGACUCAGGGUAUAUCGAGACUUCUAUCGAUUGUAGCUGAAAAGAAGCUCGGUCGACAACAGUGAGAUCGAGAUGAAAAGAAUUUUGGGGUAAGGAGUAUUUGUAAAGGGGUUAAGUAGUAUUUUGGGGGGUUAUUAGGGAGAUUAUUAUAAUUAUAGGGGUGUGUAAUGAAUUUGAUGAUAUAAGUUUGGUUGGUGUUAUUUAGUAUUAUUAUUUUCAUCAACUAUUAAUCGUUUUUAGGGUAAAAUGCCCUUCUUCCGUCUCCCUUUUGAUUUGUGUAUAUUUUCAUGUGUAAUAAAAUUAAACAGUCCAAAGAAGUCUUGUCU